GCGCUCCGGGCAGGCUUUGUUUUGGGGUCCUCGGGCUUGGCGCUUUCCGCUCCUGGUUUUUCUGUGGUUUAUAUUGGGAUUAUUUUGGGUUUAUUUGCUGUAUUUUUACCGCAGUUUUGCUGCUGAACUCUCUGGAUUAGGGUUGUUUUAUAAAUAAGAGCAGAGAUGAAUCUGGAGCUGCUCGAGUCGUUCGGGCAGAACUAUCCAGAGGAGGCAGAUGGCACUCUGGACUGCAUCAGCAUGGCUCUGACCUGCACCUUUAACCGCUGGGGGACGCUGCUGGCUGUCGGCUGUAACGACGGACGCAUCGUCAUCUGGGACUUCCUCACGCGAGGCAUCGCCAAAAUCAUCAGCGCACACAUUCACCCCGUCUGCUCGCUCUGUUGGAGUCGAGACGGACACAAGCUGGUCAGCGCCUCCACAGAUAACAUCGUGUCUCAGUGGGACGUUUUGACCGGAGACUGCGACCAGAGAUUCCGGUUCCCCUCUCCCAUCCUUAAACUGCAGUACCACCCCAGAGACGCAGAUAAAGUCCUGGUGUGUCCGAUGAAAUCAGCACCAGUGCUGUUAACACUAUCAGACUCCAAACACGUGGUUCUGCCGGUGGACGACGACUCGGACCUAAACGUGGUGGCGGCGUUUGACCGACGGGGGGAGUACAUCUACACAGGGAACGCCAAGGGAAAGAUUCUGGUGCUGAACACAGACACGCAGGAUUUGGUGGCGUCGUUUCGGGUAACAACAGGAACCAGCAACUCCACCGCCAUCAAAUCCAUCGAGUUUGCACGAAAGGGCAGCUGUUUCCUCAUCAACACGGCGGAUCGCAUCAUCAGAGUUUACGACGGCAGAGAGAUCCUCACCUGCGGUCGAGACGGUGAGCCAGAGCCCAUGCAGAAGCUCCAGGACCUGGUUAACAGGACCCCGUGGAAGCGCUGCUGUUUCUCUGGAGAUGGAGAGUAUAUAGUGGCAGGUUCUGCGCGGCAGCAUGCUCUCUAUAUCUGGGAGAAGAGCAUCGGGAACCUGGUGAAGAUUCUUCACGGAACGAGAGGAGAACUGCUGCUGGACGUGGCGUGGCAUCCAGUGAGGCCCAUCAUCGCCUCAAUCUCCAGUGGAGUCGUUUCAAUUUGGGCCCAGAACCAAGUGGAGAACUGGAGCGCCUUUGCACCGGACUUUAAAGAGCUGGACGAGAACGUGGAGUACGAGGAGAGAGAGUCGGAAUUCGACAUAGAAGACGAGGACAAGAGCGAACCUGAGCAGACAGGGGCAAACGCCGCUGAGGACGAGGAGGUGGAUGUGACCUCAGUUGACCCCAUACCAGCAUUCUGCAGCAGUGAUGAAGAACUGGAGGACCACAAGGCGCUGCUCUACCUGCCCAUCGCCCCUGAAGUCGAGGAUCCAGAGGAGAACCCGUUUGGUCCUCCGCCGGACGGUGGGGGUCAGAACCCGUCUGAGGAUGGCUCCGCCCACACAGGCGGGGACAAGAAACAGAGACAGCCGUCAGCUGAUGGAGCGCCGCCCAAGAAAAAAGCUCGAACAACCACCAUCGAGCUGCAGGGCGUCCCCAGUGACGAAGUGCACCCUCUGCUGGGCGUGAAGGGCGACAGCAAGUCGAAGAAGAAGACCGCCGGCCGUCCGAAGGGAACGAAAGGUAAAGAGAAAGAUUCUCCGUUUAGGCCGAAACUGUUCGGAGACAGAGAGAGGGAGAGAGACAGAGGGGUGGCUGUGGACGGGGCAGUGAAGGGCAGGCCGGAGGCUGUGCCAGUGCCAGGUAACCUGGUGACCCCGGCGUUCAAACCUCACGACGUUCAGGGUCUGGACUGAUGCAGCAAACCCACAGCGCCCCCCAGAGUGCGGAGGACUAAUGGACUCAAUAAAGACUCGAUAAAGUGCUGAUUCCUAAAGACGCUCCAGCAGCAAAACAGGACUGUCUGGAUUCAGCUCUUUCUGCGCCCAGAUCAGCCGAAAGAAAAUCAGAUCCAUUCAAAAGCACGACAGCCACAGACUUUCUCGCUGGCAGAGAGAGAGGAAGAGACUGUGGAGAAGAGGAGAGAGGACUCUUAUUUUUUAUUAUUUUAUUUUUUAUUUUAUUAUGUUUUUCUCCUGUAGAGUAGGCAGCACUGUCUCCUCCUCCUCCAGCAGCAGCUCUCUCACUGUUGUGUAGUCUGUAGGUGAGUCCUGUCAGAUUUUAAUGACAUCAUGACUUUCACGUCUUUUUUCAUAAUUAUUAAACCAAUUUUUUGUGUUUUUUGAUGUAAUAUUUGUGCUGAAUUUUUGCUCCUUUGGUUACUCCAGUUUUUAGACUGUAUGGACUUCGCUCACCUGGUCAAACCGUAAAAUAAACGAUCCCACACUCGUCUAAAA